AUGGCAGGUCCCAGCACCCUGCAGGCCAUGCUGUCUUGUCAGUGUGAAGCACAGAGAGGCACUGGUGCAUCCUGGGAGUUCAGCCUCAAUGGACAGACGACCCUCCUCUUCGAUGCCGUGAAUGGGAAGUGGUCAGCCGUGGGUCCUGGAGCCAGCGAGGUCAAGUACAAGUUAGAGAGCAACUCCGACUAUUUCAGGAGGAUCUCCAAGGGAGACUGCAGUCAGUGGCUUGGAGAAUUCCUCCCGCACUGGGAGGGAAUGCUGGAGCCCACAGCGCCACCAACAAAGUCCCCAGAGACCAAACAGUCCAACCGUGACAUUUCACGUAUCCUCAUUCCUCUCCUGUCUGUCGCCUUCAUUGUCAUCGUCAUCAUCAUCAUCUCCAUCACCAUCGCCAUCAUCAGGAAACGUAGAGCACCUGCCCCUAGAGCAUCACCGACCACCGCCAGGGACACAGAGAACUCCAAGGCCGCCUCUCUCAGCCACAUGCCCUUUCUGGGCCCUGUGAUCCUCCACUCCUGCUCCAUCGUACUCAGCAUCUUGGGUUCACCUUGA